AUGGUCGAGGAAGUACUCCGAUUAAAAUGCGAUUGCAUCCAUUCUUCGUGAGGAAAGCAGAGAUCAAAAUCUCUUGCAGCAACAUUAUGCUCAAAGACACAAUGAACAGACUUCAAAAUUGACAAGAACAAGGCGAACGCUGAAAUGUGGAUGGGGGCCUAUCCUGAACUCCCAUCAUAUGUUUUAAGCACAGAUGAAGACCUUCAAAUUUUCCUUGGCAAGGAUCCAGAAUUACCAUAUCUAUUGAAGCUCUUAUUAAUAUCCAAAGCGCUUCCCCUACAACUACAUCCGGAUAAGACCCUUGCAGCCAAAUUGCACAACCAGCACCCAUCAAACUUCACCAAUCCAAAUCACAAGCCCAAAAUUGUCCUGGCGCUGAUAGACUUUGAAGGGGUUUGUGACUUCAAGGCCCUUGCGGAUAUUGACGGUCUCGUGCAGCUGCCACCGCUGCAACCUUUCAUGCCAACAAUUAAAAAGCCAUUCUUCGAUGGCCAGACUCUCAAAUAUGUCGUAAAGACUAUGCACCAGGCUUCGGAGGAGGCGAAUGCGAAAACAAAUGAUACACUCAUGCAGCUUCCCAAGGAAUCAUUCGGGAAAGAAAUAUACAUACUGGACAUGAAGCAAUACGGCAAAUGCGAUAACGGAACCGUCGUGGCAUUGGUCAUGAUGAAUUCCCUUCAGCUCAAAGCCGGCAAAGGCAUUCUUAUUCCGGCGGACGAAAUCUGGGCCUAUCUUUUAGGUGACAUUAUCGGAAGUGUGGCUUGGUCGAACAACGCGCUCAACACCGGAUUCUGUCCCCAAGCCGAUCGUGACUCUGUCAAGCUGUUCUGCUCUUCCAUGACAUUCACCCCUCACGAUGCGGAGGAGACUACCCUGCAUUCUCAGUCAUCCGGAAAGAGUGCAAAUGGAAAGACCUAGCUUUAAUCGCCUCUGUUGAGUAAGUUCAGUUUGCUUGCGAGGGUGUUGAGGAACGCCGAAAGCGAAACUGUUUCGGCUCUAAGCGGGCCAAGUAGUAAUGAUCGUAACGAAAGGCAAAGGGACGCUCAAAUCCGACAGGAAGAACUACAGGUUGAGAGAAGGGUACAUAUUUUUCGUUGGCCAGGGUAUUGACGUCGAUUUUAAGGCUUCGAGAAGCUUACAAGCGUUCACAGUCUUUGUGGAGUAGGACUCUAUCAAAUCCUGGGACCGGCGACAUGUGGUUGAAGGAC